UCAGCAGAGCCCUCGGUUAACACUUCUCAGUCCAGUCCGCCGCUCAACUCCAUCGACGCCAGUAUUACCUCCGGAGGCUCUCCUUUGACCAGCUAUUUUCCUGAUCCAUCAUCACGACCCGCCGCUGUCCAGGACUCUGCUGCGAGUGGAGGUACAAGUGAGAGCUCUACGUACACUGGAUCCACUUUGACUCUUGAUGUGCUCUCCAGCACUCAUUCAUACAACGUCAAUUCAGCGUCAACAAUCGCUACACAAGUCAUAGGUCAACUUUCGAGUCUUGUGUCUUCUAGUAGCAAUACUCAGCCUGACCAAGUCUCAGCUCAGCAAACCAGCAUUGAAUCCACUGCACGUCUUACAGAGGCGACAAGCAGCAUGGAUAGCACGGCACUGGCGAUAACUACGAGUAGCAGUUACGUGCAAGAGACAACUUCCGUUGAUGGCUCUGCAAGUCACUCGAAUCAGCCCAAUAACGACGAAAGUGUCACAUUUUCGCCGUACACUUCAAUGCCCGAGGUCUCUAACACUAUCGCGACAUCAAGCGAGGCUACAUUGACCCAAUCUUCUGAACCAGCUGCGUCGGCCUCAGAUAUCGCUCUGGUCACCACGACUUUCAGUUCGGAGACACAAUCAACCUCUACUGGUACGGAUACGUCUAGCAAUCUUGAACCAACCCAAGCUCAAGCUACCUCAACCAACGUCGUUGAUGGCAGCAGCAACGGUGGCUCAAGCACAACUGGCGAGGAUUUCUCGAUAGCAUCGACCAUCAGCUCAGCUCUUCAGCAGACCAUCUCUGCGAUUCUGGAACCUUCCUCGAGUCAACUUCUGGCUUCUGACAGCAUCGUGUCUGCAGCGACUGAGAUAACAGCGACUAUCGCCCCAUCCGAACCUACGUCUCUGCUUUCACAGUCCGCCUUGACUGGAGUUGAGGCCAGCUCGGAUGCCGCUACAUAUAGCGUAGUAUCACCCUCCGUCGUUGCACUUGAACCAAAUCUGGCAAAUUCCGUUCUGGUACCUACAAGUACGGUCCUGGAUGAAGACGUCAGUUCUGCCCCGACAUCUGUCGCCUCGCUGAAUUUUGCGGUCCCUACCAGUGGCGUUCUUGUCAACUCUGGUGACGUCGAGGUGGUCACGACGACGGCACCAACCCCGAUUAUCUCUUUGUCCGAUCAGCUGUCGGUCAGCGAAGCUAGUGCAUCGCAGGGAAUUGAAUCACCGAGUGUUUCUCUCAUUGGACCCGCUUCGAACUUGCUGAGCGCAGAAACCUCGUCGAUAAUUUUGCCUUCGGAGACUUCUCUUGAUGCAGUUCAGACGAGUUUUAUCGAUGGCUCAGCAGAGAGCUACGUGAUUCCGGAUGAUCUUCCAGCUUCAGUAACGAAUAUUGUUUUACCUUCCACAACAGAGAUACUCUCCCAUGAUAGCUCACCAACCCCUGAUAUCGGAAGUAUCACGAGCGAUGUCGUAACUUCGAACACGUUCGAGUUUAGUGAUUUGCCCACUCAAGUGCUUUCUACGGAGGCCGCUGCAUCUGGCUCGUAUGCUAUGAAUGCUGGAGCUUUACCCACCACAGCCACUGAUAUUCUGCCUUUCGAUCCAGAAACAGUAGCUUCAGAUACUGGAGUCGCUUUGCCUGCGGUUGAAACGCAGGCUACCCUUACCACAACUUCCCUUGGAGCUCUCGAUUCUCUGCUGUCUAGCAUUGUACCCGAUGCUCAGACAGUCGGUUUUGCGCAGCCUUCACAAACCGCAGUUGGGUUAUCCAUCUUGUUGGGAGAGGAACAAGCGUCCGCGUCUUUAAUUACUGAAUUGAGCGCUGUUCCGACUGAAUCGAUACCCAGUACAGACUUUGUGUCCUCAAGCAUCUCAGGACUUGUUCUACCUAGCCCCGACAUUCAAAUAAUCGGAGCUAUAGCUUCUGAUGCAUCGCUGGAAAUGACAACGACUAUGCCAGAUCUCUAUACGGAUCAUAGUGAGACUUCUGUAUUGAUUCCGACAUCAGUCAGCGUGAAUCCCCAGGUCCCAGAUAUUACUACUACAGUCGACGAGCUCACUACAACGUUGCCUGGUUCAAGUGUUGACACUUUGCUCGCGACUUUGACUUCAUUGGAGUCUCAAGUUUUGCCAACAAGCACGUAUAUUCAAGACGUGUCUGCUGUUAGUUCCAUAGCCGAGGAACUUACUACAGCGCUACCUGAUUCAAGUCUUGACAGUUUGCUCGCGGCCUUGACCUCAUUACAGUCUCAAGAUCUGCCAACAAGCACGUUUGUGGAUGAUCUCUCCGGCAUAGUCUCCAGUAUCGCAGUCACUGAGGACCCAGGUCUUCCUGCGGCAGCUUCUAGCACUCUUAGCGACGUUACAGAUGUUUUGGCAGCCGCAAGCAGCAUUGUCAGUAAGGUUCUUCCUAGUGAGCCUACUGGACUUGUUAGCAGCAUCGUCGACGGACCACAAACCUCCCCGCCGCAGCAAGCAGCAUCAUUGACGGAUCUAUCCCAACAAUCGCCUCAGAUGCUGGGGCCGCUCCUACCCUCACUCGUGGACGACACUGUUUAUUUGGUCUCUUCUAUCGUAUCUUCGGUUGCUCCCGUCAUCACUGAUGUCAUGUCCUUUGACACGAAUGCUGGGGCGGCAGCCACCUCCAUUGUCGACAGCUUAAGUGGUGCUGUUGGCGACGUUUCAGAUCUUCCUGCGGCCGCAAGCAGCAUUUUCAGUGAGGCCCUUCCUACCGAGUUGCAUAAUCGACGGAGUCACCGCCAAUUUGCCUCUGACCACCGACCUCCCGCUGCAGCAAGCAGUAUUAUCGACGGAUCCAUGCCAACAUUCGCCUCAGAGGUUGAAGUUACGGCUACCUCCAUCGUGGACAGUAUUGGUGAUUUGGUCUCUUCUAUCGUAUCUUCCGUUGACCCUAUCGUCACUGGUUCCGUGUCGUUUGACGCGGAUGCUGGGUCGGCAGCCACCUCCGUUAUCGACAGCGUUGGUGGGGCAGCCUCUCCUAUCGUUUCUUCAAUCGACCCAGUCAUCACUGAUAUUGUUCCAUCUGUCAUCUCAAAUGCUGGAGCAGCUGCCACCUCGGGCAUUGACAACUAUGGUGAUAUUACCUCUUCUAUCGUAUCUUUGGACCCAGAUAUCUCUGACGCUGUGCCAUAUAUCACUUCCGCAGAUGGAGGUCCUAGCAUCACUGCUUCUGUCGAUGAGAUUUCUGUGACGAGUGCUGGGAUCGAACCUGCACAUAUCACUCGAAGCUUGACCCAGGUCACAUCGAUCUCUGACAUAAUCAACCUGAGUACGAUUGUGCCAGCAACUCUGAGUGACGAUACACUUCCAUCGUCGAUUGCUACGGCCGAUGUAGCUGAGUUGGGAACCGCUCUCGUGCCCACUCCAACUGACUUAAGCGUCCCAAGCUUGAUCAGCGGAGCUCUGGAUUCAAGCAGUGACUUGUCGCAACAAACAACUGAGAUAGGCCCAAUCCCUUCAUACUCGGCUGAUCCAUUCGACUCUGCAACACCUGAAAUCCUCUCUUCAAUCAUCUCAGAUUUGUCCAUGGCUACCACUGAUCUGGCCCCUUCCGCAACUAGUGGUCUCUCUGUGAUACCGUCUCUAGAGGCUAUUAUAAGCACCGAUCUUUUGAGUGCCGUGGAGAGCACAGCCGGAGUGACUGAUCUUGAGAUUUCUACCACUGCUCCGGCCAUCUCUGAGCCGGCGUAUAGCCAGAUUGAUCCUAUCGCUACUGGACUUGCAGCGGCCGCUACCAGUGCAGCUCUCGAUCCUGAUAUCCCGACAGACCUGUUUGGUAGCGGCACGACUAUAUCAGCUUCAUUGCCUUCCACCAGCGACGGUAUCUUCCUCGGAGAUGAUACAGUCAGUUCAGACCUGACAUCCAGCGCCAGUAGCACCGUUUCGGAAGCUCCAAAUGUCAUCAGUCCGUCAGUGACUGCUGAGCUUAGCAGCUCAAUCGAGUUCAGUGUUGCUGAAACAGUUCAAAGCGACCUGGCUGCCUCAGACGUUCUAUCAUCUGCAUCUUCGAUGGUCGAGACACUACCGACUCCCGCAAUAGACAGUGUGCUAAGCUCCACAGACUUGGGGAGUGAGACCAUCACCACCGAAAGUGUUGCAACCCUGACGCCAAGCGCCACCAUCUCCGAAGCUCUUGAAAGUUUGGCGACCAUCGCUAGUGGCGACAGUCCCAUAUCUCCAUUGGUCGAUGAGCCUGCUACGACCUUGGAUGCUGGUAGUUCGCUUUCGACUUCAGUCAUACCAGUUGUGCCGGACGCUUCAACUAGCAUUGAUGUUGCCUCCAUGACCUCGAUCAGCCUGGACGUGGCCGCUACCUCAACCAUAUUGGAUGCCCCUUCGGGUGAGCUUGCUCCCUUAAGCUCAAUAUUGGAUGCUGUCACAACCAGCGCUGCUUCUAUUGAUCUGAGUCUGACAGCGGUCCAAUCGUCCACAAAUUUACCAACUCAAACAACAGACAUCCCUCCAACGGAUCUCAUCUCAGCUGAUAUACCAACUGAUCCAUCACAGGCCGAGGAAUCAAUACCAAGUUCUACCACCAUAUAUAUUGAUUCGAAUUCGGAGACGUCGGAUGAAUUACUCCCAACAGUGAUACCCGAGAGCUCAGAGCCAGUCCUAACAGCGGUCGGCGCUGCCUCCACUACCAUCUCCGAAGCAACAGCAACUCUGACUGGUGAUGGCUCUCUCUACACAGAUCUGCCUACUUCGGCACAAUUCGCGCCCACUGAAAUCACUGCACUUAUGACCAGUACAUCAGUCGAUCUGGGCGUUAUCUCUGACCUCGACGCAGCAACCAGCACACCAGACAUACUUUCGUUCUCUAUAACUGACGGCAUUGAGAGUGUUCCUAUAUCGGCUGCCGGUCUUGACCAACUGACGGCAACUAGUCUUCCAGAAAUUUUGAGUGGGCUGCCAACCGAGGUCGAGACGAUGACACUAAGUGCCACUGCUGCUUUGACUGACUCGAUCGCUCCUACCGAUUCUGGUCUAUCCACUCCUACUGCCUUGUCUGAUAUCGAGAGCAGUCUUACAGAAGCCCUUGAUAGCUUGACUAGCACUCUUGACGCCUCGGCCACCAUGCCCACAGAAUCCUCAGACAUGGUUGUACCAACCUUCGUUUCUGUAGAGGCUCAAUCAGGAACUAUGAUCCCAACAUCCGUGGUAUUGAGCGCCGAUCAGAGUCAGUCAGUGGAACUCACUAGUAUUGGCAGCCUUGGACCGGAUGUGGCUGCGCCGAGCAUAGUGAUCUCGAGUGGUAUAGUUUCGACUCCGAUCACGACCGAACCACCAUCUUUAAGCACUUCUGUCAUCGAUGAUUCGCUUAGUAGCAACACAGAUAUGGCGGCCGUGACUUCCAUGCUCGAUUCGACAAGCCUGUCACUUUCUUCAAUUGACUCUUCCGAUACCGAGUCGGUCAUUCCUUCAGACUUAGCGGAAGUCCAGUCCACCGCGACUUCCCUCAUCUUGGCCGAUUCUCCUUCAUCCUCGGCUAUUGCCACGGACAUUCUGUCCUCCAUUGUCUCUACCGCUACUUCGCAGCUCGAAAUUAUCAGCUCGGCACUUGAUUAUAACGGCAUCACCAUAUCCAGCGAUAUUCCGUCCUUGGCCGCGAGUACUACUAUUGUUGAUUCGUCAAGCCUCGAAACAUCUGCACCAGAUGUACCGGGUGGACCAAACACUCUUCUUCCCUCAGAGAGCCAAAGCCUACCCACUUCGACCCUCGAUCCUAGUGUGUCUGACUCUGCAAUCCCAACUCAGGAUGUCACAUCUACGGAUCCCACUGAUAUCGUUUCUUCUCUGCUCAGCAGCUCUACCAUUGACAAUGAUGCAUCUGCUGCGACCAGUAUCCUUGCACAGCCUACCGAUAUUUUGGAUCUUCCCAUUAGCACAGAUGACCAAUCCGAGGCUUCUACCACAUUCGCUGGGGAUGUCGAAGCAACCUCCGACUCCUUCACAAUACUGCCACUGGCCACCGAUAUCCACUGGCGUCAAUCACAACUGCGCCAGGAAGCCUUGAGGCUAGUGAUCUUGAAACUGCCUCCAUCCCUUCCAGAUGCUUCUUCUGUUAUAAUGGUGGCCAGCUCAAGUGUUGACCAAGGAUUCAUGCCUACUAGCGAUAUUGUGGCCACUGCCGGAUCAUCUUCUACCAUUCCCAUCAUUCAAGACAUUUCUUCGGCUACAGGAUACGUGGACAUUUGGACUAGUAACCCCGGAUCUCUACCCACCAGCAAUGUUGCGGACCCUGUCGAAACAUCGUCUACCAUUUCCGUCAUUCAGGACGUUUCUUCUGCGACAAUGUCUCUGGACAGCUCAACUGUUGACCUUGGGCCUCUACCGACCAGCAACGCUGCGGACGCUACAGGAUUACCAUCUGUCGCAACUAGCUCGGAUGCUUUGUCUGAUAGCCCGGCUCCGCCAUCCACGGAUAUCGAAGCUACCCUCGACACCACCUCAACUCCACCUGUGAUCAACGAUCUGCCUUCAAGUACCACCUCUAGUCCCCUGAGCUCAAUCACGCCAGCGCCAGAUCUUCCCGAGACUAGCUCCCUCGAUACUAGCUCUGUCAUUGAAGACGCUUCCUCUGCUAUACCAUCAUUGGUUGUUGGUACUAUCGUUUCUGUGUCGCAACCUACCAGUAUCAUAUUGGAGAUUUCCGAUUUUCCAUCCUCCGUGACUAGCUUCGAUGCCCUGUCUGAGGUUCCUGCUUCAUUGACUGCAAGUACUGAAGAAGUUGAAGAGCCCACGACGAUAUCGUCUCCGACAAUUGAUUUAUCAUCAAUCACAAGCUCAGGUCUUGUCCCGUUGGCGACACAAACAUCUGACGCUGGUGAUAUCAGCUCUCUCGAUACUUCCUCCGCAAUCAUGAAUUCUUCCUUGUUGUCUCAAGCCGUGCUUGGCAGCUCGACUAUUAACCCUGAGCCUGAGGUUACGAGCGCCUUUGUGGAGUCUACAGACCUGGCUUCCGGGAGCUCAUCAGUGAUUGAAUCCUAUAAACCCACAGGCAUUCUUGCACAAACUACCGAUACACCAUCUAUCACGUCAGACCCAGAUAUACAAUCCGAGACUCUUAGUCCGAUUCAGACUUCCGGCUCCAUCACCGACGUAUCAAUGGUUUCCUCUGUGGCCAGCAUCCUAUCAAGCGCGGUCUCCCAGAUGGCACCCUUGACGACUGAUUUGACAUCGAAUACGGUAUCAGAUCUAUCUGCAUCAGAUACGGCAGCUACAGAACCUCUCGAGACCGGAACAAACUUUAUUGAUACUAAUUCCUCCACUCAAGACAUUUCUUCAAUGUUCUCGGUUCCAUCUGACAGUACCAUCAUCGCAUCUGACCCUUCGCCUGCCAGUAUUGCUUCAGAGGCUACUGAUGUGCCAUCUAUCACCUUUGACUCGCAGUCCAAGACGCCUGCCUUGCCCACCAGCCCUUCUGAAGGUAUUACAGACAUAUCAACCUUUUCAUCGGCAACAGACGUUCCUUCUAGUAUGGUGUCUGCCUCGGCAGCAGACAGUGCAUCUAGCUUGAUUGACAUGAUCAGUGCCAGCAUCGUACUUGGUGCUGUCAGCACUAGCUCUUCGUCGAUUGAAUCAGAUAUGACAGCUUCAACUAGCAUUCUGACACAGGCUGCUGGUCUGUCCGAUACUUCUCCAAGCUCAAUCAGUCAGCCUGAUGUAUCUGAUUCCAUCACCAAAACGACCCUCAGUAUCGAAGCGACCGGUUUGCCAAGCAGCCCUACAUCUGACCUCAACUCUGAGGUAAUUUCGUCGGUCAUGAUAUCAUUAGAAUCGUUGGAGACGACUGCUACGAGUGUUGAACUUGGCAGUGCUAGUACCGACCUCUCUUCUCUUCUGAGUCAAGAUGGUGCUUCGACAGUCGUCAGCUUCCUAUCUGGAACAGCAUACUCUGUUUCCACGGCCACCGACCUAACCCUCAGCUCGAGCGUUGAGCUUGAUAUUAGCGCUUCGACCAGCAUUACUGCUGCGGUCAGUGACAAUGUUUCACUGUCUUCAUCUUCAAUUGCCCUGUCCACUAUCUCAGCAGAUUCUGAGCCACUUUCAUCAUUAACAGUAGCACAGCCGACGGCCGUAUCUGUCAGUAUUGGGCUUGGCUAUGCUUCAUCGGAGUUACCUGUAACUUCACAGCUGACCUCGAGCGAUGAAGCUGCUUCGACCAUCAUUAGUGGACUACCAACUGAAGUUCAGACGAUGGGACCAAGUGAGACCGCUGCUGUAACUGAUUCUUCAAUCAGUUCGGUCGGCGCUAUACCCAGUACUCUGUCGCAGUCUCUGGAUCCUGGCCCGACUGAGAUCCCCAGCAGCCUUAUGAACCUGGCUGAUAACACAAGUUCAACAUCGACUAUCGUUCAAAUCUCCGCAGAUCCAGAUCUUAGUACGCCUACUCUGUCUUCGGUCAUCGCUGAUGUGGAGACUUCAAUGAGUGCGGGAGGAAUAUUUUUAUCUGCUGUCACCUUGAGUCCUGUUGACAUCCCGACAGAGACGCCUGUAGCGGUAGCCAGUACGGCUCCUUUGAACUCAGCCUCAGAGCUUGAAUCAGUGGUUGCUUCUUCUGUGGUAUUAACAAGCCAGACGCUUCUAGACACUACUUUGGCAAGUGUUGACUCGACAUUCGCUGCGUCCACGAUCCAACCCUCGAUGAUUUCAUCCAUCAUCGACUCACCAGCUACAUCACUGCCAUCUAGCUUUACAGUAUCUUCAGAAAGCGUCGUGGUAAUAGAUUCAAGUUUGUCUUCAGAUACAGUUCUGCCUGCGCAGACGUCGUCCGGAGCAGCCAUUCCAAGCGCCUCAGCAUUUUCUUCGACUGUCAGUCAAGUUUCGGAUAUCGUCUCUCAAACAACAUUGAGUACUUCUCUUGUGACACCGACUUCGAAUGUCAUCCAGAUCUCCUCGAAAACUUCAUCACAGAGUGGUGACUUGAUAUCGAGUAUCCUUCAAGCGGAAUCUUCUGUUACUCAGUCGACAAGCUCGGUCACCCUGUCUUCCAGUCUAGUCUCAACAUACGAUCCUGCGUCAGGAGCGAUCGCUAGCUCUAUAGGUAUUGGAUCGGCUCAAACAGCGAUCUCAACCAGCCUGCCCGAGAUAAGCGUUGUCCAAAGUAUAUCAAGCUCUGUUGCUUCCAUGUCUGGAUUGAUACCUGCAACUUCGAUCAUCUCACCUUCUUCUGGCGUUUCGAACUCUGUAUUUGUAUCGCAGCUUUCGUCGAGUGCUUCUGCCGCUGCAUCAUCAAUCUCUUCAGAUCUAGGAUUUUUCCCUAGCGUCUCUUCUGAGUCGAGCUCUGGCAUUAUAUCGAUAUCGAUAAGCGAUCAGAGCUCUUACUCAAUGGCACCGCCUACUACCUCAUCCCCCUUUGUUGCAGUCGGCUCCUUGAUGACAUCUUCAGUUCAAACAACCACGGCAGAUCUGAUCCCCACCACGAGCAUACUACAGUCUGUAUCAAGCUAUUCGACCCUCAGUAGCGCGGUCAACAUCGACGUUGGAAGUACAAGUCUUGGUGUUCUUCCUGGAACGGCCCCCACACCUUCGUCGUCAGCAAGUCUACAAAGCUCAUCAACCACCACUUCUGCCAUCUUGAGCAUCUCGCCAUUACCAGCAGAUUCUUCGAGCACGGCAGAUGUCAGUACUCGUGCCUUCCGUAUCGAGCGUCCCAUCCUCGAGCACUUUGCAGUCAUCAAGCGUUCCGUCAGCAUCGAGCAUUUUGCUGUUCUCCAAUUUACCCUCCUCGGACAUUCUGCCAACGUCAAGCAUGUUGCAAUUGUCGAGCGUGUCACAGUCGUCAAGCAUUUCGAGCAUCUUACCAUCGUCGAAUAUCGUGUCAUCGUCGAGCAUCGCGCUAUUGUCGAGCAUCGUGCCCUCUUCAACUUGCCGUCAACGAGUAUUCUGUCCAGCGUCGUAUCGGCUCUAUCUACCGCUGCUAUACCUUCUUCUAUGAGCGGUAGCUCGGUUGCAACCAGUAUCAGCAGCACCAUGUUGAGUGUGUCAUCUUUGAGCAUAUCAAGUGCCAAUCUGGCAGUUUCUACCUCAGCAUCGUCCAGCAGUACCUUUAUCUCUGUCGUUCAGUCCAACACUCAAGUCAUUGGGGUUUCUACAAGUGCUCUAAGUCUCGGAAUGGAUUCUUUGGGUUCAUCAAUCAACAUUGGUACUUCUGUUUUCAGUAGUGCAACAAGUUCAACAGCAGCGACUGCAUCAUUGGUCCCUCAGAGCUCGCUUAGCUCCGCCUUCUCCAUUGUUGUUCCUACAUCUUCGACUAGCACUUCUCAGGUAAUCUCUAGCCAAGCGAAUGGGGCACCAUCGUCGACUAGCUCCAGUGUCAUACUGUCUGCCUCAAGCUCUACGAUAUCAGCCGUGAGCUCUUCCGCUACGACUGGUUACUUGGUCAAUGUUGGUGUUGGUGAUACGAGUGUGGGUGUUGUUCAAACAGCUGGCGGCAACAAUCUAGCCAAUGUUGGAGCGGGUUCAGUCGCCUCGACCCAAAUCUCUGCUAGUGCUGCGAAUCCCGUCACUACUGCUGUUGGUUCAGCCGUUGGCAGCUCAGGAAUUGGAACUACUGUAGCCUUGUCGACGCCUACAACUGUGUCAAGCCUUUCUGCUUCUGCAACAAUCCCAGGAUCUUCUGUCCAGCUGCAGAGUAGUUCAAUGAGUCAGGGUGCUUCAUCUGCUGCCCUGACUACCUUGUCGUUGAGCACAUCAGGAACAAUCCUCAGCUCAUCAAUCAUCAGCAUAUCUCCAUCUAUUGCGAGCACUCAACUGGCUGGUAUUGGCAAUAGUGUCCUCCGCUACAUCUGGUUUAGCAAGUGUGUCAACAGUCAUGGCGCAGUCAAGCAGCCUGUCAACUCAGGCUACUUCAUCGAUGUCGAGCAGCACGCUAUUGAGCACUUUGAGUGUACCCAGUAG